UACAGCAGAUACAGUGUGUCAGAAGUUAUCACACACUUGUCUUAAAAUAGUGUCCCCAGUACUGAGCUGCGGCGGCUGGGGGGACAUUAUACCGAAGACCAACAUUAUAUUACCUUGGAGGGAGGGCGUCUUUGGGAAAAUGGCUGCUGCCUGAGGAGACGGAAACGUCGCGCAGAUUGGUCUCUAGCGCCGCGCCAUUCUUGAGCUGUGAUUGGAUAGCUGCUUGAUUGAGCGGCGUAAGGACCAAUGAGAAAACAGGGAAAUGGCGCUGACAUCCGGCCUCUUUCAGUGCAACGAUCCUAAAACGUGGCAGCGUGUCUCGGAUGUUUACUGGGAUGUCGUGGCUUCGAAGGGGGCCAAACAAAGUCGGUUACUAGAGCUGGACAAAUGGUAUCAGAAGGAGCUGCCUUCCUGCAUUACCGCUCGGCCUGAGAAGUCACUAACACGGGAUGAGCUGGUGAAACUGAUGGAGUGGAAGUUACAGAGAGGGAAGUUCCGUCCUCGCUUGCAGCAGAUGGCGUCCUCUAACCCGGAGAGCGUGGUAGAGAGCUGCACCAGGAAAGCCUUCCAGCUCCUGCCCAACGUGUCCGCAGCCAUCAGUGAGCUCUGCCAGUUGAAGGGCAUCGGGCCCGCCACUGCGUCAGCAGUUCUGGCUGCUGGCGCCCCAGAGCUGACGGCUUUUAUGGCAGAUGAGGCGGUGGAGAGUGUCCCUGGUCUGUCUCCCAUCCAGUACAACCUGAAACAUUACCUGAGAUACCUGGAGGAAUUACGCCGGAAGUCUGAGUCUCUGAACACAGCAUCAGGGGAGAAGUGGACACCGCACCGCGUGGAGCUGUGUCUGUGGACGUGGAAAGUGGCGCAGAAGCUUUGCCCCAACCUCUUGUCAUCCCUGGAAGAUGAGGAAGAAAGGCCGCUCAAAAAACUGAAGACCAAGCAGUGAGUACCAGAGGAGGAGGAGGAGGAGGUACAGCCGUCACUGUUGUCGAGUUGGUGGUCUUCAUGGCAGAACUUUCAUACAUAAAGCAUGGAGACAAAAUUGUCUGUUCCGUCUUACCACGGCUUUCCACUGCAAAGCUUUUACAUGCAUUGCUUUAACCUUGAGCAGUGCUUUUCAGCCACGUCUUUAGAUCAGUUAUCUCCUGCUAUGUACGAGAAUAGUAGACUAUUAUGCAAUAGAGUCUUUGAAGUUGUCGGGGACAGUCGGACCAUCAGUAGUCUGUAAGAUAAGGCAUAGUCGUCUUGGGAUAUGACCUAAAGCUGCAAGCAAAAUACAUCAAUCUAUCUCAGUGACUUGGCACGAGACAGACUUUCCUAGAAAUAUGGAAACAUGCAAAGAGUAACUUCUGAUUCAUGUCCUGAUUGGUGCGACUGUUCAUGGAGAGGAUGCUGGGAAUACAGUUACAGUUAAGAAUCUGAGAAACUCUUAUGUAAGGUGACUGUUAUGCCACUAAGAGACACGUUUUAUACUUUUUGAAACGCCGAUAAAAAUAAAGAGCCGGUUAUUUUUGUA